CACUCGCAUCCUGCGAAACUCGCAAGUGACAAGGCAAUUCUCUUGGCAGAGCCUGUGAAUCACUCUCUCUCUUAUUGCAAGGGAUAUAAAAAUUUCCUCUCCCACUUGUAUCUCACCUCAACAUCCUCUCGCUCACAUCAACAUUGACAUCUCUCACGCGCAUCCAAGAUGAAGACCACUUCUUUCGCCGUCGCUCUUCUCGGCCUCUUCCCCGCCAUCAUGGCCCAGGCUCCCUCGCCUACUGAGUCUGUUGGUUGUGAACCCCAUGGUGAUCACUGGCACUGCGAGGCUGCUCGUACUGAUGCUGUCGCUGCUACCUCUGAGGCUGAGCACGACCACGACCAUGAUCACUCUACUGGUGCGACUGAGGCUCUUGCUCCUUCGCCUACUGAGUCUGUCGGCUGUGAGCCCCACGGCAACCACUGGCACUGCGAGGGCGCUCGAUCUACCCUUGCGACUGAGGCCAAGACCACUGAGUCUGAGCAUGAGCAUGACCACGACCACGACCACGAUGACGCCACUGGCUCUGGUUCGCUUGCUCCCUCUCCUACUGAGUCUACCGGCUGUGAGCCCCAUGGCGACCACUGGCAUUGCGAGGCUGCCCGCACUGGCGUUGAGGCCAAGGCUACCGAGUCUGAGCACGAUCGCAGCCACUCCGCUGGUGCUUCCGCUUCGCUCGCUCCCUCUCCCACCGAGUCCGUUGGCUGCGAGCCCCACGGCGACCACUGGCACUGCGAUGGUCCCGCUACCGCUGCUUCAGACAGCACUCCCACUUCCAGCGACUCAGCUGCUGUUACCGACAACGCUGCCAUCGGUCAGAUGAUCCCUCUAGCUGGCAUGGUCGCUGCCGCUGUUUUCGCUCUUUAAAUUGUGAGGUUGAGAAUGGAUGAUCUGGGGAUAUCCGUGUCGAGCCCUGGGUUGAUGCAGUGGAGGAUAGAAAGACACACUUCAUGUAAACUUUGUUUCUUGAUGGACUGG